AUGGCGAUCGCUGCAAUAGGCCAGAUCUGCUCGACGGCCUGUAUGGCACACAACCUCGCUCAGUGUCAGAAGUUGGUCCUGAAAGCUACAAAGGCGGGAGCAAAGGCACUUUUUCUCCCGGAAGCAAGUGACUACAUCGCUUCGUCUUCAGCAGAGUCCGUAGAGAUGUGUCUCUCAGUUGAGAAGUCGCCGUUCGUGCUCGGCCUACAGAAAGCGGCUUCAGAUCAUUCCUUGCAUAUCAACGUUGGCAUCCACGAGCCUACAGAACCUCCGUCGAAACGAAUCAGGAACAAUCUUAUCUGGAUCGAUACGUCCGGGAGCAUCGUCCACCGAUACCAAAAGCUACAUAUGUUUGACAUUGAUCUGAGCAGCGAAGGUGGACCUCAUCUCCGGGAAAGCGACAGCUCUGAGCCUGGCAAAGAGAUUGUCGCGCCAUUCGAUGAAAUCCAUGGUAUGGGUGGUGUUGGCAGUCUGAUCUGCUUCGACCUCCGCUUCCCAGAGCCAGCGCUCGCUCUCAGGCGGAUGGGUGCAGAUGUGAUUCUCUACCCCUCGGCAUUUACCGUGCCUACCGGUCAACGGCACUGGGAGACUCUUCUACGCUGCCGGGCCAUCGAGACGCAGUCUUGGGUUCUGGCGGCUGCUCAAUGUGGACGGCAUAACGGCAAGCGUGUCUCGUAUGGAGACAGCAUCGCCAUCGAUCCCAAUGGAACCAUAGUGAAGAGGCUGGACAAAGUCAAGGAUCUGGAAAACGAGAAGGAGGCAACGCGUGACCCUGAUUUGUUCACUGUUGACAUCGACCUAGACCAAGUCGCUUCUGUUCGCAAAGGCAUACCACUCCUUCGGAGGACCGACGUGUAUCCGAAAAUAUGA